GUUCUUGUUUACUUUUGGAUCAAUACACACUGGGUGAAAUUGGAAGCAUACUUUUUCAUGAUUUGAUAGUAUAAUUAACAGAAAUGACCUCAAGAAAUAAGGAUGUACGUCUUAAUAGUGAAGAUGAUAGUUCUCCAUCGUUAAAACAUAAUGCGAAAAAGAAGUUUAAAUCAAGUGAAAUCAGUGUGAACAUUAAUCCGAUUUAUUUUGAAAAGGAGCUUAUGAAGCAAUUCAGUGAAUCUUUCAAGAAAAAGAAUGUGUUUAGUUGUGAAGGCAGUGGUACACAGGUAUUUACUGAACCAUUCACUUGUUGUGUUUUGCCAAACUUUGUGAAGAACCAGGAGUUCCUUGAAGAUCUUCAGGAUGAGCUUCUAAAACUUGACUUUCAAGAGAAGUCUAAUGACCUCUAUAAAUUCCAUCAGAGUCAAGCUUUACAAAAUCUCUCCAGUCCGAACAUCUUGGCAUUGAAGAAUCUGUUGUAUAAGGAUUUUACAAAAUGGCUGACUGAUGUUACCAACAUCACUUUUACAGAUACUAUUGAUAUGACAUGUGCCCGUUACGAGUAUACUGACACUCUGCUUUGUCAUGAUGAUGAACUUGAAGGGAGAAGAAUAGCAUUCAUAUUUUACUUGGUACCACCAUGGAAGGAGGAAGAUGGAGGGUCAUUGGAUUUAUUUGAUGUUGAUGAGGAUGGACAACCAAAAGAUAUUAUGAGGUCACUGCUGCCAAGGUUCAACAAUUUUGUCUUCUUUGAAGUAAAUCCAGUUUCCUUCCAUCAGGUUGCAGAAGUCUUAUCAAAAAGUAAGUGUCGUCUGUCCAUCAGUGGCUGGUUCCAUGGUGAGACAAUAUCCAGACCGCCACCUUAUAUAGAACCAAGAAAGAUCCGUACACCUUAUCAGGAGAUAGAGGAAGAAAUAUUCUAUGAUUGGAUCAGUCCUUUGUAUUUAGACUUGGAAAAUCAGACAGAAAUCAUGGACCGUUUCCAAGAGGAUUCGGAGAUUCAACUCCAGGGAUUUUUUGCAGAGGAUAAAUACAAUUCUCUGUGUGAAGCCUUGUCUAAUCAUCAAAUAAAAUGGAAAAGACUUGGACCUGCAAAUAAAAGACAAUAUGAAGUUGCAGACAAAGAAAGCCUGCCCUCUAUAGUUCAACAAUGUCUGUGUGUGAUGAGGUCUGAAAUGAUGUUUCUGCUACUUUCUAACUUCACUGCCUUGAAGUUACAUCCACUUGCACCUGAUCAAGAAAGAAGUGAUGAUGAAGAGGAAGGGAAUAGUGGAAAGAGAAGUGAUAAAGAGGAGUGGAAUGAUCAAAAGGUAAAUGAUCAAGGUGAAAGCACAGAACAAGAUGAAAGUUCAAAGAAAAAACAACUGCCUAAUUCGGAUGAUGCUGGCGAAACCAGUGAAUCAUCAAAAAGUUUAUCUACAGAUCAGAUUCCUAGUUGUCAUGGUGAUGUAAGGCGAUGGCAACAUGGUGACUAUACAUUACUUCAUGACACUGAUACUGAAGGGUCAGAGUUCGCAUUGGAUGCUAUCGUAUAUUUUAACUGUAAAGAAUGGAAAAACGAAUAUGGUGGAUUUACGUCGUACCUUGCUAAAGGUGAAGAUGAAGAGUUGUUGAGUGUCGCCCCAAAGGAAAACUGCCUGAGCUUGGUUUAUCGUGACAAAGACACGCUGCGGUUUGUCAAACACAUUAAUCAUCGGGCUACUGAGCAUGCUUCAAGGACAAAUAGCUCCACCUGUUUUAAUGAUAUCUCAUUUGUUUACUAUGAAUAAGGGUUGUCUAGUUAAUGGCUGGUAAGAUUGGGACAAUCAUCACAGCUGUUGCAAGAUGUGAUAUUUUAAUGACAAUAAGUGUUAGAGUUCCUCGAAUUUGCAUAAGCGAAUAAUGUCUAAAAGAUAUUUAUGAACAAUGUACAGAAAUGAACAAAUUAAAUCACACGGUUUUAUUGAAUUUCAAAAUGAAAUAAUAGCAAAACCAGCUUUUUUAUCUUGAUACACAUUA